CUCCCAAAACAGAGUUAUUUCCCCCAGAAUCUUUGUGAUAUCCUCCACUGUAUCCUUCAAUUCUCAACUAAAAAAACAUGUCUUCCCGCAGUGUUAUUACUUCAUGCAGUAGGAGGGCCUCAAAGUGGGGAGAUUGCCGUGAGGCCUGUUCACACAUUGACAUUUUUCGACGCCCAGGCGUUAAAUGCGGGCAGCGUGCUGAAUGAAAGUGCAAAUUCACUCCCUGACAAUAAGUGGGGUUUAUUUGAAAGCAGAAAUACUCCGGUACACAAGGUGGUGUUGCACAACUUUCCGUUUCUGAUACCUGCUCAACACUGACAAGAAGAAGAGAGACAGUAUUUACUUCUUUGCAAAAACCGUUCACACACAUUUAUCGAACUCGCUAAAACACGGAUGUACUUUUGUGAAAUCUGACUACGAGAUCCAAGCUUCUGACUGAAAACAGCAACUCAAACAACAAAACUCAGGAGCUCCGCAAUCUCCUGCCCAAAUAUCAAAACUCAAAGAGAGACCAAAGAAUUCACAAUCAUCCUUCUGAUCGCCAUGGCCUGUGAACAACGCUUGCGGACUCGUGAGGGGUCUUCGCAAAUGCUUCCUCGUGUAGUUGCCACAGAGCAGCAGUCACUGGUGGUUGUUAAGAAAUUACUUGCGAUUGCUGUCUCCAGCAUCACUUACCUUCGAGGUCUUUUUCCAGAAAAAGCAUAUGGGAGUAAAUAUGUUGAGGAACAGAAAGUGAUGAUUCUUCGAGAGGAGCGGACCUGCCCAGGUGCUAGUCAGAUUGUACAGUGGUUGCAGGGAUGCUUUGAUGCCCUUCAGAAGAGAUACCUCCGCAUUAUUUUAUUAUCUAUGUACUCUGAUCCAGAACACCCUGAGAAAGUAACAGAAUGCUACCAGUUCAGAAUUCACUACACUGAAAAGGGGCCUCGGCUGGAUUUUGAAAGUAAAAGCCAGAAGAAUGUGACUAAGAUGGACUGCAGUGACAUAAAGAAAGCGAGUAUUCUGUUGGUGCGUAAACUGUACACGCUGAUGCAGAACCUCGGCCCACUCCCUGAUAGUGUGUGCCUCAACAUGAAGCUCUCCUACUACGAUGAUGUGACUCCAUAUGACUACCAGCCACCAGGCUUUAAAGAAGCGGAAAACAGCAUGUUGGUAUUUCAGAAAGAGCCGGUGAAUCUGACCAUGGGAGAAGCUGUUACGCCUUUCCACACCCUAAAAGUGGAUAUCACCACUGAGAGAGAGAGACUGGAACAGGUAGAUGAUGAUGAGCCAGUAUGUGCCCGAGAUAGAUGGACUUUGAAAAUAAAUGAAGAAAUGGUUUGUGUGUCAAAGCAGGAGUUUGUAACCAAAGAAAACGUUGUUACUGAUGCUGGCAUUGAGAACUCAGAUCUGAGCAAAGAGGAGAUGCUGGAGAAUUCACAAUUCAUGGCAGACAGUCUUGUAAAGAAGACAGCUGAUCUAGAUGUGACUACCAGGAAAACAAGGAGCGGCCGAGUCUUCAACUCCUCAUGCAAUAAAGGUGGUACUGUGCCUUCAUCCACAGCAAAGAAACCGGUUUCUCAGUUUCAGUUUCUACUUAGUCAAGACCCUUUGCCUGCUGCUCCAAAGAGGCGCAAAUUCAGUGUCCCUAAAGAAAGCCACUGACAAAGUGCUACAAAACAUCAUAGUGUACCCAGGACAGCUGGAGCAUAUUAGCCUAGCCUUUACAAUGAUGACAUUGUAAAGCAACAAAUGCUCACAGUAGUUUUGUCUCUGAACUACAUAGCAUGAAUUCCAGAUGUUACACGAUAUGUUGACAUGGAUUAAUAGUAGUUAAUUGUACUUGUAUUUCAGGGAUGAUGUGUUUGUUUUUACAUGUUAAAUAAGUCAAACCUGUAUUCAAGCAUACAAAUAGCAGUUGUUUUGAUACUUCAAUGUCCAAGUAUUGUUUUA